AUGAAACAAAUUCAAGACGAUCAGAUGAAGUCCAACGUGCUCCAGAUCCAGUCAAAAAACGUGAACGCCUGUUGUAUGACCUGUCCAGUGAAUCCCAAAGAUUCGAUGGGUAUUCGGCUGCCGUAUGUGACGUUAAUAGUGAAAAACCUCGGUCAAUUUUUUACAUUCGAGAUCACAAUUUUGGACAGCGAAAACAUUCGCCGGCGUUUCCGAAUGAGCAGUUACCAUAUGAAAAAAAAAUUGAGCACGUUCAUGGUCACGAUGCCGGUUUCUAUGAACAUGGGUUGGAACCAACUGCACAUGAACUUGGCCGAGUUCACGAUCACCAGUUUUAAUACUACCUACGUGGAGACAGUCUGCAUUAAAGUGCACGCCAACUGCCGGCUGAGGAGAAUAUAUUUUAGUGACCAGCUGUACAUUGAUGAUCAGCUUCCGAAGUCGUACAUUAACAGGAUGCAUAGAACCAUUGACUUGCGGGAGGAACCUAAAUACUUAAUGAGAAAAAAGGCGGCCAACGUUGACAAAAAAUCGACAACCGACAAGUUGUAG